AUGUAUAUUCUUUUCUUCCCGCCACCAGCCUUCCUGCUGAAGCCUCGGACCCUGCACGUUCACCUCCAGCGCUGCCCCAUCGCCGAUGUGCCCUCCGAACACGACACCCUGCGACAGUGGCUUUGCAGUCGUUUCGCACUGAAAGACAAACUCUUCAGGGAUCUUGAUCAGAACCUAACGACCAAGGUCGGGGACAAGGUCGUGCAGCCGGAUUGCAAGGCUGUGGCCGAGGCCUUUACACGCGACCUCUCCGUCUCUAAGGUGCCCAACGGCUUCAAGGAACUGCCUCGUCUGCGCAAACGUUGGCUCUUCACUGCUCUCACCUGCCUCGGUGGAUUCACCCUCCUCCUGCUGUUCGUGGUACCCUACGGCCCUUAUGUCUACUUUGGCAGUGUCAUUGGCACUAUCCUGUUUGGCAUGCCCUAUCUGUGGCUGGCCGUGUAG